ACCUCUUGACGCCUCCAGCCAAACAUGCCGCGUACACGAAAAGCAGUCCGCCUAGCGAAAGGGAUCUCGGUGCGGGUGCAAGUUAAUGCAGUCGGGGUAUGGAUGAUGGUGGCGACACGUGACCGGGAUUGGGCGACGCCGGUGGUGCCACGCUCAGCUCGGCCGAAGCUCGUCCGGUAUCGCCGACCGACGGAACGACUUGACGAUGACAUCCAAACGGACAAGGGCAUUCAUCACCAAAUCAUCAAAUCACAUGCCCAGUCCAUCCAACGCGUUGUUAUGACACUGUAAGGCCCCGCGCAAUGCCCGGCAGACAAAUCAAGACGUGCGAGCGCUGCCGCCUGUUCAAGAUCAAGUGCGACCGCGAGCAGCCCGCCUGCCUGCAGUGCCGGCGCGCCCACGCCAAGUGCUCGCAGUGGCCCCCCGCCGCUGGGACGUCGUCGUCGUCGACGUCGUCGGGCGGGACGUCUCCAGCUUCGGCCGACACGAGCGUGACCGCGGGUUCAGCCGAGGCGAGCGAGGCGGCUGCUCCUCGUCCGGCCGCGAACCUUGACGACGACGACGACGACGACUCGGCGAGCCGUCCGCCGCCCGCAGACGUAGACGCAAACGCCGUCGACGCAGACGGCCGACAUGACGCCCGCGAGGAUGCGCCAGACGCCCAUGACCGGAUGAGCCCCGCGAGGAAGAAGCGCCGCAGGGCUUGUCUCUCGUGCGUGCGCUGCCACCGGCUCAAGGUAAAGUGCGACAAGAAGCAGCCCUGCACGCGCUGUCGCCUGUCGGGCUGGGGCCGCCAGUGCGCCUACACGCAUCGCGUCGAGGAUGAGGCGACGAUGAUGGCGCGCGACGAUCCGUCGACUCCGGCUUCUGCCGAUGCCGUGCCCUUUGUCGUCACCGAGGAGGAACCCGAGACCGUCAUCACCACCUGGCACGCGAGACACCGAGGGCUGAGCCACUGGAGGGCCCUUCUCUGCAGGCUGGACUCUCUGAGCGACCUGACGAGUCGGGUCCUGCACACGCCAGCCACCGACAUCGCGCAGCAGCACACCCAAUGCGCCCAGGGUCGCGCCCUGCCCGGCAACUUCCCCUUCAACAGCCCCGGCGCGGUGCGCUUCGCCGCCUCGCCCUCCCUCGAGCCCGUGCGGCAGCUCCUCGAGACGCACCGCGCCCGCCACGAGCUGUAUGUCGACGCCUACCUCGCGCUCUACCAGCCGCUGCAUCCCGUCAUCGACACGCCGCGCUUCCUCACCGAGACGGCGCGCUUCUGGGACGACCCCUCCGGCACGCACGUCGGCUGGCUCGCCGAGAUGCUCAUGGUGAUGGCGCUGGGCUGCUUUGCGGUCGAGAGCCGCGGCGGGAGGGACCCCGAGUCUACCGUGGAGCUCUGCAUGGCCGCCGAGGCGUGCCUCGCCCGCACGCCCUUUAUGCUGAGGCCGACCGUAUCGACGAUGCGCACGCUCUGCCUCAUGCUGCUGGCUAAGCAGGUCAUCAACGGCACGUGUUGGUCCUUUGACUCGUGCUGGGCCCUGCUCGGCGUCGUGGUCCGUCUCGCCGUUUGCAUGGGCAUCCACCGGCCCGAGCCGCCGCCCGACGCGCCCGCCGUGGCGUUCCGCGACUGGGAGGCCGGCCAGCUCCUCUGGACGACGAUUCUGUACUUUGACGUCCAGAUGGCCGUCACGACGGGCAUGCCGUCUUGCCUAUCCGCGGACGAGCUGCUGCGCGACAACGGCGGCAUGUCGUGGACGUUCCCCACGCUGGCCACGCCCACGGCGGCCUGGCACGCCGUCAUCCACACCGCGUGCCCGACCAUCCUGCAGGUGGUGACGCGCGUCAACUCGGCAGUCGACCGGCCGUCGUACGAGGAGAUCAUCGAGCACAGCGCCAAGGUGCGGCAGCUGAUGGGCAUACUCGAGCGGGUGCGCGGGCCCGAGGUGACGCCCGCGCUGCGCAUCGCCAUCGACGUCUUCUUCCGCCGCGUCCUGCUCGUGCUGCACCGCCGCCACGCCCUCGAGCCCGACGCGCCCGCGCGGUACCCGAUAUCGUACUGGGCGUCGCUCGAGUGCAGCCUCGCGCUGCUGGUGCAGCACCGGGAACUCUGCGACGCCGAGGCCGAGGCGGCGGCGCGGCUUGGCGGCAGUAACAACGACAACAUGAACAACAACACGAACAACGCCAACAGUAACGAGAGCACCGAGGCAGCAGGCGGCGACGCAGGCGGCGACGCAGGCGGCGGCGGCGGCGGCUAUGACGAAGAAGCCAAGCCGCCGCCGCUACCGAUAUGGGACGUCCGCGGGCUGGGGCCCCUGGCCGACAUGUACAUGCUGGACUUCUUCGCGGCGGCCCUGACGGCCAGCCUGCACCUCCUGCGCGAGGACGCGCCCCUGGCGGACGGCUUCGCGAUCCCGCCGCGGCGCACCAUCCUGGAGACGCUGGAGCUGUGGACCGACAGCUACGCCAGCAGGCAGCAUCGGUCGCUGUGCUUCCGGAGCGGAUACCGCCUGCUCAAGUCGGUGGUCUCCGAGCUGUCGGAGCGCGCCAACAGUUCCGCUGCGAAGCCGUAG